AUGGUGGAGCUGGAGAAGGAGGUGCUCCCGCUGCCUCCUCGGUACCGGUUCCGAGACCUGUUGCUCGGGGACUGGCAGACCGACGACAGGGUGCAGGUAGAGUUCUAUGUGAAUGAGAACACUUUCAAGGAGCGCCUCAAGCUGUUCUUCAUCAAAAACCAAAGAUCCAGUCUGCGGGUGCGAAUGUUUAACUUUGCUCUGAAAGUGCUGAGCUGCCUCCUCUACAUCGUCAGAGUCCUGCUGGACAAUCCGCAGCAGGAGAGACAGGACUGGAAGCUGAUCAUCUGGGUGGACCGGCCGCUGCCGCUGUGGGCGCUGCAGGUGUUUGUGGCUUUCAUCAGUUUUUCAGAAACGAUGCUGCUCGUGUAUCUCAGCUACAAGGGCAACGUUUGGGAGCAAGUAUUACGUGUCUCGUUCAUUCUGGAGAUGAUCAGCGCCAUUCCCUUCAUGAUCACUGUGAUUUUGCCGUCCUUCAGAAAUCUCUUCAUCCCUGUGUUUCUCAACUGCUGGCUGGCAAAACACGCUUUGGAGAACAUGAUAAAUGAUCUCCACAGGGCGAUCCAGCGGACGCACUCAGCCAUGUUUAACCAAGUGGUGAUACUCAUCAGCACGCUGGUCUGUCUCAUGUUUACAUGCAUCUGCGGAAUCCAACACCUGGAGCGAGCGGGCAACAACCUGACCCUGUUCGACUCGCUCUACUUCUGCGUGGUCACCUUCUCCACGGUGGGCUUCGGAGAUGUCACCCCUCAGAUCUGGCCCUCGCAGCUCCUGGUGGUCAUCAUGAUCUUUGUGGCGCUCAUCGUGCUUCCCAUUCAGUUCGAGCAGCUGGCCUUUCUGUGGAUGGAGCGGCAGAAGUCGGGGGGGAACUACAGCCGCUACCGGGCCCAGACGGAGAAACACGUGGUGCUGUGUGUCAGCUGCCUCAAGAUCGACCUCCUCAUGGACUUCCUCAACGAGUUCUUUGCUCACCCACGACUACAGGACUACUACGUGGUGAUCCUGUGCCCGGCAGAGAUGGAUGUCCAGGUCCGGAGGGUCCUUCACGUCCCUCUUUGGGCCCAGAGAGUCAUCUACCUGCAGGGGUCUGCUCUCAAAGACCAGGACCUGAUGAGGGCCAAGAUGGACGACGCUGAGGCCUGCUUUAUCCUCAGUAACCGGUUUGAAGUGGACCGGAUCGCUGCUGAUCAUCAGACCAUCCUCCGAGCCUGGGCGGUGAAAGACUUCGCACCGAACUGCCCCCUGUACGUCCAGAUCCUCAAGCCAGAGAACAAGUUCCACGUCAAGUUUGCAGAUCAUGUGGUGUGUGAAGAGGAGUUUAAGUACGCCAUGCUGGCUUUGAACUGCGUGUGCCCCGGCACCUCCACGCUCAUCACUCUGCUGAUCCACUCCUCCAGAGGACAGGAGGGCAGGGCGUGCUCGGCCGACCAGUGGCAUCGAACCUACCGCCGCUGCUCGGCCAAUGAGGUGCACCACAUCCGCCUGGACGAGAGCAAAUUCUUUGGAGAAUACCAGGGAAAGAGUUUCACCUUCGCCUCCUUUCAUGCUCACAAAAAGUAUGGCGUGUGUUUGAUUGGCGUGCGCCGGCUGGACACCACCAACAUCCUGCUGAACCCGGGGCCCUGCCACAUCAUGGGCGCCUCAGACACGUGCUUCUACAUCAACAUCUCCAAAGAGGAGAACUCGGCGUUCGUCCGGGGUCAGAGGGAGCCGGCGUGGGGGGGCGCAGGAGGGAGUACCAGGGGAGUUCACCCGAGCAUCUACCACGGACUCACCCGCCUGCCCGUCCACAGCAUCAUCGCCAGCAUGGGCACAGUGGCCAUCGACCUGCAUGACUCCAGUGACAGCAGCCCAGAGGCCAACACCUUGGCCCUGCCAGCCAUGGGAGAAUCGGCCGAGGAGCGGCGGCACAGCAUCGCCCCGGUCCUGGAGCUGGUGGACGGGGUCAGCAACCCCACGUUUGACCUGCUGGGAGACCAGUCGGAGGACGAGGGGGGGGAGGAGGUUGACAUGUAGAACUCAUUGAGAUGUGACCUGGGUUUGUGCUGCAGGUGGGUGAAGGGCUACCCGCUCAACUCUCCGUACAUCGGCAGCUCGCCCGCCCUGUGCCACCUCCUCCAGGAGAAGAUGCCUUUCUGCUGCCUGAGAAUGGACAAGGCUUGUCACCACAUCCCAUUCGAAGAUGCUCGCGCCUACGGCUUCAAAAACAAACUGAUUAUUGUGUCUGCGGAGAGCGCCGGGAACGGCCUGUACAACUUCAUCGUGCCUCUGCGAGCGUACUACCGACCCCGGAAGGAGCUGAACCCCAUCGUGCUGCUGCUGGAGAGCAUACCUGAAGCCGACUUCCUGGAGGCGAUCUGCUGGUUCCCCAUGGUGUUCUACACAGUGGGCUCCAUCGACAAUCUGGACAGUCUGCUGCGGUGUGGCGUGACUUUUGCCGACACGAUGGUCGUGGUCGACAAGGAGAGCUCCAUGAUCGCAGAGGAGGACUACAUGGCGGACGCAAAGACCAUCGUCAACGUCCAGACCCUCUUCAGACUGUUCCCGGCGCUCAGCAUCAUCACGGAGCUCACACACCCGGCCAACAUGCGCUUCAUGCAGUUCAAAGUCAAAGACCACUACUCCCUGGCUCUGUCCAAACUGGAAAAGAAGGAAAGGGAGAAGGGCUCCAACCUGGUGUUCAUGUUCCGCCUGCCCUUCGCUGCAGGGAAGGUGUUCAGCGUCAGCAUGCUGGACACGCUGCUCUACCAGUCGUUUGUGAAGGACUACAUGAUCUCCAUCACCAGGCUGCUGCUGGGUCUGGACUCCAUGCCCGGCUCAGGGUUCCUCUGCGCAAUGAGAAUCACGGAGGACGACCUGUGGAUCCGCACCUACGGCCGGCUCUACCAGAAGCUCUGCUCCUCCACGGGAGACAUUCCCAUCGGCAUCUACCGGACAGAGGCCCACAAGCUCCCAGUCUCUGAGUCCCAGGUCUCCAUCACAGUGGAGGACUACGAGGACACCAGAGAAUCCAGAGAGCCCUUGUUGUCCCGCAGCGGCGUGCACCGCAACUCCACCUCCUCGGAGCCCAUCUCCACCUCCUCCCACUCCUCGGACCACCCGCUGCUCCGGAGGAAGAGCAUGCAGUGGGCACGGCGGCUCAGCAGGAAGGGGGGCCGGGGCUCCAGCGCGGCCAAGGGGGGGCCGGGCAGCGCGGCGGAGAGGAUCAGCCAGCAGCGGCUGACCCUGUUCCGGCGCUCGGAGAGGCAGGAGCUCAACGCCCUGGUGCGAACCAGGAUGAAACAUCUGGGCCUCUCGCCGACUGGAUUCAACGGGAUGACAGACCAAGGCAACCGACUGUCGUACAUCCUCAUCAAUCCGUCUCCGGACACACGACUCGAGCUGCAUGAUGUUGUGUACCUGAUCAGACCGGACCCCCUCUCUCUGGUUCCCAACCAGGGGAGCAGCAGGAAGUGCAGCGCCGGGCUGUCAGAGAGCCACAGGUUCGAGACCCAGGACAGCACCCACCUGUGAGAGACACACACUCACAAGACAGAGGACAAAUAUACUGUCGAACCACUGCCAGAGAGACAGAGAGAGAGAGAGAGAGAUAAAACAACACUUGAGGGAGAAGUGGAAAUCCAGACCGGCUGAGAUGGCGUGGGAUGCUGUCGGGGGGGCGCAGGCCCCUCCUCUUCUCUCCACGCUCAGUGUGGUUGAACUCAGAGGCGCCGGACGUGCAUGGACCUUUUCUUUUCUAUAACGAUGGGAAUGUUUUAUUUAUGCACCAUCCUAUUUUCAAAGCAGAGACCUGCGGACACAGAAGUGCAUUUAAUGAAAAAACUGUUUGUAUUUAUAUCUGUGUAUGUGCAUGUUUAUGUACUGCAUCAUGUAUGUGCAGGGUGUGUGUGUGUGUACGUGCGUGUGUGCGUGAAUGUGUGCGUUUGUUUAUGGAUCAAGAGCAAGACACUGCCAAUUUUAUCUGGACGGCCAAAGUCACUCGCUGCCAAACGCAAGGCGAGGGAGAGACGUUGUGUUCUUCUCUGUGUUGUCGGUGUGUUCCGUCACACUUCAUGUUGUGUGAUGUUUCGGAGAGUGGCGCUGAAGUGCGUUUUCUUUUCUUUCGUGUCUUUUUUUUCCAGGGGGUCUUCAUAAAAGCCUUUUUGAAACUUU